AUGGAGGAAAAAAUGUUACAGACACAUAUAACUUUAUUAUUUUAUUUAAUUCUGUUAUUUUAUUUAAAGAAUUUCACCAUAAGUUUUAUUGAUGUACCUAAGAAAUUAUUUAAUUAUAUUAAAGUGUAUUAUUCUUUCUUAAUUCUUCUUACAAUAGUUGGAUUCUUUAGUAAAUUACUAGUACUCAUACGUAUAUUCAUAACACAUAAUAUAAACAAAAUAUUCAGACUAUUAUUAAAGAACAAUAUAAAUUUUGAGAGUAUUAAAAAUGAUAUAAGAAUUAAUAAGAAUAGGAGAAGAUUAAAUUGUAAGGAUGAAAAGAAGUUGAUAGGAAAUAUAGGAUAUAAUAAAUAUAUUAAUAAUAAUAAUAGUAAUAGUAAUAAUAAUAAAAAUGUUCAGACGUCUAAUCAGACAGGGAAAAAAAGAUUCUAUCUAUUUAUUAAUAAAAAUGCGGAGAAGCAAAAUAAUACCACAUUUAAUAAAAGCGAUACUAACGAUUUAAUAAACCCAUCAAUGGAGGGAAGAAACAAAUGUGAUAGUUCAAAUAAUAAAACAAAACAGAAAAGAUCUAAAAGAACUAAACUUUUAAAAAAAUUAAAAUUAUUAAAAAGGGAUGAUAACAAAGAAAAUGAUGAAUGUGAUGUAGACAAGGAAAUAAAUGAUGAUAAUCAUAACAAUGAUUAUUGUAGUGACGACAAUGAGAUAACUGAAGAUAUUGAUAAUAAUAAAAAUAUGGAAGAAAAUAAAAAUGUAAAUGAAAAUAAUUUAAAAUGUAAAAAUGAAGAAAAUGUUUCAUAUGAUAAUUAUAUCGAAAGAGAAAGUGAAGAAUGUGAUGAUGUGUUAAAUUUAAAAAAUAAAAUAAUACAGAAAAAUCAAAUUAAUAUUGACGAUGAAAAUAAUGAUGAAUGUGUUGAAGAUAAUAAAGAUAAUUUAAGAGAAUUUUGUUUUAAUAAGAAUAUAAAUGAGAAGAAUUUUUAUUUAUUUUCCCUUUUAUCAAAUAUAUUAUAUAAUAAUACAUCGAAUUGUUCGAACGUAAAGAAAUCCUUUGAAGGUGUUUCAUAUAAUAACAAUAUUAAUAAUAUUAAUAAUAUUAAUAAUAAUAAUAUUAAUAAUAAAAAUAUGAACAAUAAUAAUAAUAUUGAUGAUGUAUAUAUGAAUAGCGAUAUAAGCAGUGAUACCUUUAACGAUUUUGAAAGUGAUAAUAAUAGUGAAUUAAUAACAGGUGAUGAACAUUUGUCUGAUGCUCAAAAAAAGUUUAGACAUUGUAAAAAUGAUACCAUGGAUAGUAUUAAUAGUUAUAGUAGUGAUAACAAUGAUAGUAGUGAUAGCAAUUAUGAUAGUAAUAAUAAAUAUAAGUGUCAUAAUAAUUACAAUUGUGAUAAUAUUUAUAGUAGUGAUAGUAAUUAUAGCAGUGAUAGUAAUUAUAAUAGUGAUAAUAAUUAUAAUAUUCAUAAUCCUUGUAGUGUUAUUAGAAAAAGGAAUCUAUCCAAUAAUGAAGUUAUUCCUAAUAAUGAGACUAAUAAUAAAAUAGAAAUUAAAAGUAUUAAUCUAAAUACAAAUCAAGAAACGAAACCAUUAAAAUCUAUUUUAAAAAAAUGUAAUAAUACAUCUUCUGAUAAAAAUAAAAAUAAUAAUAGACAUAUACGAUUUAAUAAUGAUGUUGAAACGUAUUUCUUUGAAAAAUAUUUAUUUGAAGAUGAUUUAUAUAGUAUAAUAGAUCCUAGAAAAUCAUUUUAUAAAAUACUUGAAGCUUAUAAUAUAACAAACACAGAAAUUUUUAGCUAUUGCAAUAUGCGUCAUAAUUUGAAUGUAGUAUUUAAUGAUAUAAUUAAUUCAGUUUUUAUUUAUAAGGAUAAAAUAGUUAAAAAGUUUUAA